AGGCUUGUGUUUGUGUAUUGUGUAUAGCGGGAAAUAGAUGUGUUUACAGAGUUUACAGACUAAUUUCUUAUCAUUAAGUAAUUACUGAAGCUUAUUUAGCUAUUACAAAUUUUAAAUAACUUUUAUGUAAAAAUGUUUACGCAAAAGAAAGUUAUUUUAACGGUGGGAUCUCAGGAUCAGGAAAACACAACGGAAUGCCGAAAAACAUUCAAGGAAUUACAAAAAGAUGCUAGAGGACAUGAUAAUUUAAUAGGCAGAUUACAAGCUGGGAAGGAAACCAUAAUAUUUAAGGAGGCAGGGGAAUCGAAGCGAAAGAAACUGCAAAUGAUUGAUAAGAGUGUACAAGCUGGAGAGCAGGCAAUAACAGCAGAAGAUUUGGUAUCCGAGGAGCCCAGUUUGGAAUAUUGGAAGAAACUAGCAGAAACCCGAGAGCAAUCGUUGAAUGAUAGUUUACACGAAGUAGAAAAACUCAAAGAUAAUAUAAGCGCACUGCAAGAAGAAAAUAAAGUGUGCAAAGAAAUGUUAGACGAAUCCAAGCAUUUAAUCGAAGUCCUUCAGGAGAUGCUUAGCGAAUCUGAUGAUGCUGAAUCUUAAUCGAAAUCCGAUUUAAAAAAUUUAAUUCUGUUUUUAAUUUUAACAAUUACAUCACUUAUGAUGUUUUUUUGAGUG